AUGUGUGGAGCUGCUCUGAUCGCUCCCACCCUAGCAACCAUUUAUUGGGCAGGCAUAGAUGAGUCUGGAGGAGAAUUCGCACCUGGUGUGCUGCCAGGGGCGUUUGGUGUCGACUACGCCUUCGUUAAUAACUCGGCGGUUGAUAUCUACGUCGAAGAAAGCAAGGUCAACCUCUUCCGUGUCGCCUUUCUGUUGGAGCGCAUGUGCCCUCUGGAGUAUGGAUUAGGCAGUAAAUUCAAUGAGACCUACUUCAUGCACUACAAAGAGGCAAUUGACCAUAUUACUCUCACUAGGGGAGCCUAUGCAAUUUUGGACCCCCACAACUAUAUGCGUUACAAUGAUGCCUCUGAACAGCCUCUUAGCGGUAGCAUUAUCGGUAACUGGUCAGAUCCCAAGGCUGCGACAACGCAACAGUUCGGUGAAUUUUGGGGCGAGCUUGCAUCCCGGUUUAGGCACAAUGAGAAAGUCAUAUUCGGACUCAUGAACGAGCCGUGGGGUACUAAUACAUCCUUGGUGCUGAAGAAUGACCAGUCGGCGAUUGAUCAUAUCCGGGCGGCAGGAUGUGAGCAGCUGAUUCUUGCCCCUGGAAACGACUGGACUGGGGGCCACUCGUGGCAUGACAACGGCGAGGACUCAAAUGCUAACUGGAUGUGGAAGCUACGCGACCCCAUCCACAACACAGCGUUUGAUGUCCAUGAAUACCUCGAUGUGGACUUUAGUGGUUCGCACGUGGAUUGUGUGUCUGACCCACGUAUCUUCCUGUCAAAUUUGACAUCUUGGCUGGAAGAUCAUAACUUUAAGGCCAUGAUUACUGAGUUUGGUGGGUCCAACACAACAGGCUGCUAUGACAUGCUGAAGGUUUUGAUUGAUUACAUGGAAGAAAACCCGGUUUAUAUAGGGUGGUCCAUGUGGGCUGCUGGUCCGCUUUGGGGAUCACAAUCUGCUUGCUGUGAGAACUAUGGUUUCUUGGGCAGCUUGGAGCCAGACAGCCUUGCUAUUGAUGGUAGCCCCGGCUUGUACGAACAGGUCUGGCUUGCUCAUAUGAAACCCGUAGUCCCCAAGGAGCUUGUAUGGUCUGGUGUGAGCAGUGUUCGAGGAGGGAAAAAAACCCUCCCACCCCAGAAAAAGAGCCCUGGUGAGGAGUCGAGAGUUUGA